AUUUGCGUCUGAAUUACGAGUUCUCUGUGUUUUAAGGGCCACGUUAAUCACCCGGUUUGUGUCUUUUAAUGUCGGUCAUGUGACGUGUGACUCGAUGUGGUGUCAUAUCAAACACACCCCAUUUAGUUUCAUUGACAGAAAUGGCUACCACGGAAGUAGAGCGUAGGCGUGGCCAGCUCGCUGCUCUGUCCAUAGCAGCGGUGGUCAUCCUUAUAGGAGUCCCUCUGUGGUGGCGAACAACUGAAACGUACCGCGCCUGGCUGCCUGUCAGUCAGAUAGAAGAGUUGGCCAAACUUCAGCUACAGCUUAGUGCUGAUGUGGAGGUUGUGUUUGCACGUGGAACUGUGACACCAGAACAGCAGAAGAAGGUCCCACUGACGCAGACGCAGGAUGAGGAACACACAGUAGAUGAGGACACAGCGUUGAGGUACAGGUAUGAGACAAGGUACCGCACGGCUACAAUCAUGGAAGAGGAUGCCCUGAACCAGCCCACUGCUGCAGAGGCAGAUCUAUCUCUGCACACGCUCAGUGAGAGUCCAUGUGGUUCUUUGGUUGUGUAUGUGAUCCCAGAGUCAUCUUCACUGCUGCCCGAGGAUGUAGACGUGUAUAUUGGCCAGCGACGCACAGCCCUGCUGCGUAUCAGCGCCCAGAUGAGAGUGGGCAGGACACUAGAGCAACUGUUGGCUCACCUGGAGCCUCGGGUCAAGCAGGUGCUGCAGGUGAUGUCUUUCAGCCACACCGACAUUACGGCUGCCCUCAGCGACCGAGUCCGUCUCAGCCCCGGCAACAAAGAGAGCAUCGCUGACAGUAUGAGAGCCUUUAAAUCCAGCCCAGGUUAUGAGAUAACUUUCAGUCUGUUGAACCCAGACCCAAAAUCCCACCGGGUACACUGGGACAUAGAGGGGGCGGUGCACACCUACAUCCAACCUUUGCUGAAAAAACUGGCCCCUUUGGCUAAUUUUAGCAUUGACUCCCAGACGUUGUACUAUGCCAUGCUUGGGGUCAACCCGCGUUUUGACACCAGCCGCAACGCCUACACACUCAACUCUGACAGCCUCGCUCAUGUCAUCAACCCUGUGGAGGCGAGACUGGGUUCAAAUGCUGCGUCUUCCAACCCAGUGCUGAACUUUCUUCUGUACGUCCCGGAUGCCCACCAUUCACCCCUUCACAUCAAUGACCACAAGAAACAGGAAGUGCCUUCUAAUGCCUUUCACUCUCCAAGAUGGGGUGGAAUUAUGGUCUAUAAUGUCAAUGAUUUCUACGGCCCAGAGGCUGCAUUCCCUGUUGACAUCAACAUCAACAUGGCCAAAGUCAUGGGAGUCUUCCUUGCACAGCUUCGGCUGUUGCUGGGUGUGCAGUCGUCCGCCCCUCCACCCCGCUUCCUGGUGGCACCAUGCAGCAGCGCAGGAAUAGCUGAUUGGGAGCUGGACCGUCUCAUGUGGAGUCGGAGCGUGGAAAAUAUCGCAACAGCAACCACAACCAUCACCUCACUGGCACAGCUGCUGGACCAGAUCGGAAACAUUGUUAUCAAUGACAAUAUCGCUCAGCAGGUGUCCAGUGCCGUCACGUCUCUGCAGCUGGCUGUGGCCGAAUUGGAGUCCGGAAACCUCCGCUUUGCCCUGCAGUACAGUAAAGAAGCCAUCUUGGCGUCAGAGAGAGCAUUCUUUGAUCCCUCCCUCCUCCACCUCCUGUACUUCCCUGAUGACCAGAAGUUUGCUAUCUACAUACCACUCUUCCUGCCCAUGUGUGUGCCUAUUCUGCUGUCGCUGCUCAAAAUCGUGUCUGAGGCCAGACAGAGACGCAGAGAAAAACACGCCAAGAAGGACUGAAAAAUACUCUAAUGGAUGAACACUUCUUCUAAACAGUUAAUGGCCUUCAUAUUGAGGUACAAAGGUAGCCAUGGAGAAAGACUUAUUUGCACCAUUUGGUUGUGGGAUUUACAAACCCAGGGCUCCAGACUGCAACCACUAUGAUGCAUUUUACAACUAUUUUUGGAGACAGUGUGACUUGAAAAAUGAUCAUCUUUUUGCCAUAAUUGCCAAAGAUAUAUCAAUAAACACACAAAAGAAAGCAAAAUAAUCCACAAUUCAUCUGAUCCACUUCCUCAGUACAUAAAGAGGUUGUUGCGGGAGGCCUGUGCAACCAGUGGAAAAAGUUAGCCUGGAGCCCUGAAAUAAGUCAUGUAUGAUUUUUAUUGUUUCCUGUCAUUUUAAGAUUGUUAUGAAUGACUGCUGUGGCUGUCUGACACUGGAAAGCUUGAAUUGUUUAAAAUGUGUACAAGUUUUAUAAUUGAAUUUCAUUUUUUUAAUUUUAAGUUAUUAACAAAUAAAGUCUUCAGUUGUAA